GUUUAAAUAUCAGCGGGUCUUCCAGCGACGAGAGGCGGGGUUCUGGGCAGUCGGAGGAUAACGGGCUCGGCAGAAGAGGACUGAAAACAGUGAGUGGACGCAUCUGCAGCACUUCACACUCAGACGCCAUGGAGCUCUAUCUGGACCUGGUCUCCCCGCCGUGCCGCGCCGUCUACCUGUUUGCCAAAGCGCUCGGCAUAUCCUUCGAGUUCAAGCAAGUGGAGCUCUCGGCAGGGCAGCAGUACAGUGAGGAGUUUGAGAAGCUCAGCAUCGUGAGGAAGAUCCCCCUCAUGAAGGACGGAGACUUCGUCCUCACAGAGAGCACUGCAAUCCUGAAGUACCUGGUGCAGAAAAGCUCAUUGGCAGACCACUGGUUUCCAGCUGACCUGCAGCAGCGGGCCCGCGUUAAUGAGUACCUGUCCUGGCAGCACAUGAACCUCCGGGCUCACUGUUCAAAGGUCUUCCUGCUCAGGGCUCUCUUUCCAUUCGUCAUGGGAUCCGAGCCCACCAAGGAGAGGAUGGAUAUCGCUCUGGAGGACAUGAAGAAGUCUAUCGACCUGCUGGAGGAGAAGUUCCUCCAGAACAAACCGUUCAUCCUGGGCAACAAGAUCUCCCUGGCUGAUGUGGUGGCUGUCGUGGAGCUCAUGCAGGCCGUGGGAACCGGCGUGAACUGCUUCGAAGGCCGUCCGAGGCUGAUCGCCUGGAGAGACCGAGUGAAGAAGGAGCUCGGUGAAAAGCUGUUCGACCAGGCUCACGAAGCCAUCAUGGACCCCAGCGCCAUGCAGCAGAAGAUGCAGAACAACCCUGUUCUGGAUGCGCUCAAACCAACGUUUCACAGGCUUUUCCGCUGAAGAGGUUCCCAUCUGCAAACAUGGAAAACAAAACCUCAUCUCUUUAACAAUUCUUUUUACGUUUACUGAAUUCUGGUCCAGGAUUCGUCCUGGAGUCCUGAAAUGAAAAAGCUGUUGGGUAUUAAAGUCUGGACACAAAAUGUGCAA